AUGCAAGAAGCUAAAAUCAAAACAAGAGAAACAACGACAAUGACACUAAUAGUUAAUCCUUUGCUUAUUGAAUUAUUAAAAUUAGGUGCAGCAAGUGACGCUGAUGGUCCUUUUGUGGCGAAAGGCAUGGAUGUACCUACUGAGGCAGGAGAUGUUAAUGCAACGGGUGUUGCAGCAGCGGGUUUAGGCAUCGAAUCUAUGUUAGUAGAUGCGAGUGCCGUCAUUGGAAAAGGAGAAGAAGUAGAGGGGGUUAUCGGCGAUU